UGGGCCAAUCGCAGCGUGGGAAGCGCCAAGGAGGAUGAAGACGAGACAUUUUCUGGCCAGUUUGUUUUCGUUGAGAUAAUCCUGCAACACAGGGCCAAUCCAUCUUGGAUGUUUCUUUCGGCAUUGGUGCCGAUUUUCCAGGCGCUUGGUUGAAUCCUCCUCCUCAAUGUCGACGUUAACAUCUUGAGAGGUGACCGGACGAGCUGAAAGCGGCGCAGGUUGAAGGUUGAGAAACCUGCCGCCGCAUGUGACCAAUGCCUUCGAAACUGGAAGCAAACCAGUCCCCGUCACCAUCUUCCUCGGUCCAGCCAGUUUUGUCGAGAAACCACGCUAGCAUGAGGCACCCGGACAGGACGCAGCACGCGGGUCAGAACCCGCCAGGUGCCCCCGCCUACUCGUACCCCACGUCGCAACCCUACCUUGCCUCUGGCAUCCCUCCGCAGUCGUCCUACAGGAGCAGUCAGCUGCUCAACCGCGGCGGAAACGCGACCAUUCAGGCCACAUCGUUGACCCAAAGUGAUCACCCUAGCAUAAACCAUGGGCAAGGACCCUUCCCCCUGCGGCAUCGAGUUUCAUUACUCCAUUCAGCUGAAAACAUGCUCCCAAGGCCUAGAUUACACAACAGCAUUGACGAACCUCAGCCCAUGGACUCGCAAGACAACGACGUUGGGCCCAUGUAUAAAAAGAUCCGUCUGGGAAACGCCGAGGCCAACAAACCUCAGCAGAUGAAAGCUGAAACUCAGCCGUUAAAGCUUGACAUCUCUGAGCCUGCGUACAACCCUCAAGUUGAGGCAAUCUCCCCCACACUGCCAGUGGAAAAUGUGCAAGAAGAUAUUACGUUUAGGGCAACAAAGGAUAGCUUGCUUCAGCAGAUCGCUCAAGUAGAUAGGGAAAUAGCAAAAGCAGAAUCGCAAAUCACCAAGUUGAAGAAAAAACAGAAAGAACUCGAAGAGGCAGCUAGUGGGAGUUCAGCAAUUCACGAGGAGUUGGAAAUUCCUGUGAAGCACCAAAGUCUUGCUCAGAAAAUCUAUGCAGAGAAUAGGAAAAAAGCAACAAUAUCUCAUGACAUGUUGGAUAAGUUGGGCCCCAAAGUUGAUCUGCCGUUAUAUAACCAGCCGUCUGAUAUGACCAUCAUCCAUGAGAACAAAAAGAGGCAUCAAAUAUUCAGGAAGAGCUUAAUAGAGCACUUAAGACAAGAGUACAAUGAUAGGCGGACGAGGGAAAACUACCUGGGCCAGCAUUACGCUUGCCAGCAAGCAGGUUGGGCGAAAAAGGUCGAGCGGAUAGAAAAUUCUGCCAAGAAGAGAGCAAAAGACGCCAAGAGUAGAGAGACUUUUGAAAAGGUUUUCCCUGAGCUGAGAAAACAACGAGAAGACAAAGAGCGAUUUAACCGAGUCGGUUCUCGGAUAAAAAGCGACGCUGACAUGGAGGAGAUAAUGGAUGGCCUUCAGGAGCAAGAGCUCGAGGAUAAGAAAAUGCGGUCGUAUGCUGUGGUUCCCCCUAUCCUUCUUGACAGCAAGCAGCGAAAACACGUGUUCAUCAACACGAACGGUCUCAUCGAAGACUAUGAGGGAGAGUACAAGGAGAGAACGCAUUUAAAUAUUUGGACGCAAGAGGAGCGUGAGAUUUUCAGAGAAAAAUAUUUCACUGUUCACAAAGAGCUUUCCAAAAACUUCUCUAACAUUGCGCAAGCAUUGGAGAGGAAGAGCACUUGUGAAUGCGUACAGUAUUAUUAUUUGACCAAGAAGAGUGAGAACUACAAACAGAUGUGCAAACGGCCGAGGGCAAGACCGAGGAAUAAAACCAAUGCGGCCAACAAGCCUGUUGCCUCUGCGGGAAGUGGACAGUGUAUGCCUCUGAAUAUUGAUAUUUCCUCUGGAGUGACGACCAGACAGUCGGUCGCAUCAGCCAUGAGAGAGCAGCUGAAGCCCGAAAUGAUGCAGAACAAUAACUCAAAUCAAAAUAGAAACAACUCGACGCCUGUGAACACAGUCGAGGAGCAGUCAACCAACAAUGUGCAACAGCAACAGACUCCCAUCAAGGAAGAAAAGAACUGCAGUGAACCUUCAACGGUCAGAUCCCCUAAAGCGACACUCAAAGGCAGCGGCCCCAAGAAAGUGGAAACUGACAGUAGUGAUGACGAUGCUGCAGAGGAGGGGCCAGCCAUGAAAGGUCCGCAUCACUGUUUUUUAUGCAAAAGCUUGGUGGAGAACAGUCGGCCGCUGAUUAAGGCCAAAGCGGCGCAGUACGGUUUGCAGGAGGACCAGGUGGUGCCUGGCGCGCGGAUCUGCUCCAACUGCAGGUGCAAAGCCGUCCGAACCCUCACUGUCCAGUGCCCCAUCCCAAAUUGUGCAGCUGUGAAAAGCAGAGUGAAGAGGCUGAGACCGUUGCCCUCGAAACUCAACAACGUUCCCCCUGAGUUGCGAGACUCAAUUUUCAAUGAGUUUCAAAUUCCUGCAGGCGUGACUGGCAGUUGUCCCGGGUGCCACAGUCGCAUCCUGAGGCGGCUGAAUUUAAAGAGCAGCAACACAGACGGCGACGACUGGACGGACAAGGAGGUGGAAGUUUUCUGCAACGCCAUCCAGGAGCACGGCUCGCAGUGGAACAAGGUGGCAACCGUGCUGUCCACGUCGGACGGCUGCUCCGCCAAGACCCACUACCAGUGCAAGGCCUUUUUCCAAAAGAACCAGAAAAAGCUGGGGCUCAACGCGCUCAUGAAUGAGUAUAGGAAGAAUAAUAACCCUGAGCAUAAACCUACCGUCACUGACGAGGAGGAAUCAGGGUCAAGUACGUCCUCCUGUGAAGAAGAAACUGGAAACGUUCCUGGGGCUGCCAGUGACACUGACAGUGCCGCCUCUCCACCAACAGCCGAGAUGAACGUCUCCCUUAAUCAACCAAAGCAGUUUGUUGAACUGCCGCGAGUUCUAGGAGGUAAGAUAGAAAGCUCUGUGAUUUCCCCUCGGAUCAGCCAGGAAGGCUCUGCUAACGUGACCCACAGAGACGAGUACGACAGCUCGGCAACGGAGACUGCUGACGAAGGCCAAGGAGCGGUCGAGUCCGAGCACAAUUUUGCUGGCAAACUGCCAAACAAAAGUGUCUUAAAUCAAACUUCUAGUGUGUCAGUUGAUAUGAAAGACCUGAUGCUGAACGUGAUUGAGCGCUCGCUGAACAAGCCGAUGGGUCAGUCGUCCAUCUCAACCAGCGUGUCUCAGCAAACGCCCACCAUUUCAUCGAUCCUGCACUCGGACAAGCCUCUCGUCUUUCCCUCCAGAGAGUACCGAGGCAGUCCAUCGGCGCCGCCCAUGUCCUCAGGCUCUUCAUCUGAACUGCCCAAGGAGGGCCUUGUGGUGAUGCAGGUGCAGCAGGCGUUGAAGGAGACCUCUUCGGAAGGCGUGACCCUCGAUCUUAGCACCAGGAAAAGAGGCCCCAGCCCCCUGACCAAACAUCCGCAGCAACUGCUCCCACCGAAAGUGGCCCCUCCCGUCCCUCCAAGACCAUACGCCAUGGUUGACCCCAUGGUCUACCGCGAAGGACCGCCAGGACAACCAAUGUACCAAGCGCAGCCCUAUCCUUCAGCUAAAGGCUCCAUAACUCAAGGCACACCCAUGCCAGGAAGCCACCUGUCAUCUCAGCAUCUUCCAACUUCUGGAGCAAGAUAUGAAUUGCCUACCAGGGGCCAGCUUAAAGAAAGUGGCGGAUCAAUAACUCAAGGGACGUCUCUUUUGUUAGAAACAAAGAAAGACCAGAGCGAUAUUAUCCUGAGCGACUUCAUCACCUCGCAGCAGAUGCACGGCCGAGCUCCUGAGCCGCCGAUGCACCACUACUACCCCAUGUACACGCCCGGCGGUGCCCAGUUGGUGCCGAACCAGCAGCGGCAGGGUGUGAUUCAGCGUGGCGCGGCCAAGCCGCUGCCUCAAAGGCCACCUCCUCGUUCCUCUCCGCCCAUCAAGAAGUCUGUCUACCCUCCAGGCCACGAGGCUCUCAAUAGCCUGGUGGACAUAGCGUCGCAGCAACCCCGGCUGCCUGAGCCCAAGGACAAAAUGCACCCUGGCGGGCCGCCCAGCAUGAUGAACGAGGGGCUCGGCAAAGGCUUGGCCGACAGCCACCUGGCCGAGCAGAGGAAACCACCCAUGCAGAUGUACCCUGAUUUCGGAGCAGCUGAAAGGAAAGACUAUUAUGGACGUCGUCCUGAUGACGAUUCACCAAGGCCGAGUCAGCAAAGCCUGAGGCAACUGCCGACCGAUCCAGACAGGCAAAAGCAGAGUCCAGCCCCUUAUAUGUCACGGGCGCCCCCUGUGCCCAAAGGACCAGUGUCUGGAGAGCAGCAGCUGACGGCCGCGAGUUUGAUCCACGCCAUCAUCACUCACCAGAUCAACCAGUCUUCGGACGUUGAAAUGUCCAACUCGCACACCCGACCUGGCGACAAACUUUUCCAAAGUUUCCAGCGAGACUUACCUCCAAAAUGCCACCCCAAUGACAACACAGAGGCGGAAUCGAGUCGCCUCAGCAAACCGUCUGACGACUCGACAGACUCAAAGUCAUCCGACGGACAGAAAACGUUAGGAGAACACAUUGAUCGGAUCAUUGCGAAGGACUUGCAAACCAAGCGAUCCGACGAACCCAGGCCUGGAAAGCGUUGUGAAGAACCACUGGAGGUUGAUACGAUGAAGAACCGCAAUUCAUCUUACGAGCAAAUUUCACCGCCUCCGCCGCCCCCCAGACCCGACGUGGUGUCCAACUUUGAAGAGAAGUCGCACCUGUCGCCGCUGGAUUAUGUGAAAAACCGAAUCGUCCAAGUGAUGCGCAUUUCCGAGGAGGAGGAGGACGCCUCGGAGGCCAAGGCCAAGGAGGCGGCCGCCUCCGCACCGCAGGAGCAGCAGCGGCCGGACGAGGAGCGGCCGCCCACCGACACAGCCUACCCGACGUACCCGCCCCCGCUGGAGGCAGCAGCUGCCCCGCAAGCGCCCCCAAAGCCGCCGGAGAGUCAGUACGAGCCUCUCUCCGAGCCCGAGGACUAAAGUUGAGGUGGCGGGACGCAAUUUGUAUUUUCUCUCUCUAUCUCUCAAAACACUCUUCUCUCUAUCGAUAGGUUUAUUAUCAAUCAAGUGCGAAUGUGUCGAAGGAAUAAUUAAAAUUGUGGACUUUUGUAAUAAUUGCGUUGUUAGACUUCUUGUUGAUCGAUGGAAAAAUGUAGUCGUUGGUGCGUGUCUGCGUGAAACGAGUGCGUGUAUCGGAACGGUGUGCUGCUGCUUUUUCUCAUGCUUAUUGGUAAAUUUAUGGCGCGAAUAUUUGUUGGAUGGAUGAGCGGAAAAUAAAAUUAAGAAGCAAAAGGGAACGUUUGGUUUUUAUUUAAUGAAAAAUCAAAUCGAAAUAAUAAUAAAUUUUUUUAUUUACAAGCAAAAUUUGAUAAUAUUGUUUUAAUAAAAAGUGACAAAGACAA